AGUGGUUCGCCGACGACAAGUGUUUUGUGCGGAACGCCUCGUACCCGGCGUGCCAGUACCUGCUCUCAAAGAACAUCACCGACUUCGUCCCCGAGGUGGACUGCCACACAAAGACGGAGCUCGCCUCCGAGCAAUACUUCAAGAACUAUGUGCUGCGUCUGAAGCCGGACGGUCUGGCCACGCCGGGCGACAUCGGCGACAUUAACUGGCAGCUGGCGCUCUGUCUGCUACUCUCCUGGAUCAUCGUCUUCCUCUGCCUCAUGAAAGGCGUCAAGAGCUCCGGCAAGGUGGUGUACGUGACUGCCACGGUGCCGUACGCCUUCCUGAUCGCCAUCCUGGCCUACGGGUGCACGCUGCCCGGCGCCAUUGACGGCGUCAAGUUCUUCUUCAUCCCCGACUGGGAGAAACUCAAGGACAUCAACGUGUGGCAGAAGGCGGCCGAGCAGAUGUUCUUCUCUCUCAGCGUCUCCUGGGGCGGCAUCAUCAUGUUCGGCUCGUACAACAAGUUCAACAACAAGGUGCACAUCGACGCCAUGCUCAUCUCAUCGCUGGACUUCAUCACGUCCAUCAUCGCCUCUGUGGCCGUGUUCAGCAUCAUGGGCUCGAUGGCGCAGUCGGCCGGCGUCCGGGUGGACGAGGUGGUCAAGUCCGGCCAGGGCCUGGCGUUUAUCGCCUUCCCGGAGGCCAUCGGCGCCGUGCCCGGCUGGCAGCUCUGGUCCGUCCUCUUCUUCCUGAUGCUCUACACCCUCGGACUGGACUCGGAGUUUGCUCUGCUGGAGACGGUAACCACAGCCAUCUACGACGCGUUCCCGUCCACGCGGAAGAGCAAGGCGCUGAUUACGCUGAUCGCCUCCAGCAGCUGUUUCCUGAUGGGCCUGCCGUGCGUCUCCCAGGCGGGUCCGUACGUGCUGCACCUGAUGGACACAUUCGGCGGCCUGGGCGUCAUGGUCAUCGCCGUGUUCGAGCUGGUCGGUAUCAUGUGGGUGUACGGCGUGCGCCGGUUCGCCGACAAUGUGCACUUCAUGGUCGGCUUCCGGCCCAGCCUCUUCUGGAAGGUCUGCUGGGCCUUCGUGGCGCCCGUCAUGCUGGCGGCGAUCUUUGCGUACUCGAUGUACGAGUACGAGCCACCCAAGUACGGCGACUACGAGUACCCCGAGUGGGCCGUAUACGUGGGAUGGGGCCUGGCCGGCAUCUCGCUGGUGCAGAUCCCCCUCUGGGCGCUGCUCACGGUGCUCUACUACCUCUGCAAAUGGAAGCCGGGCCAGGCGUUCCGUCCACUGCCCAGCUGGGGCCCCGGCGACCGGGACGCCCGCCGGCGGCUGCUGGCCCUCCAGCACCAGGUACACGGCCGGCCGCACCUGCACGGCCACGAUAACUCGGGCCUGGAGACGGAGCGGGUAUAGUGCCAGCCGCCGCCCGUACUAGGGGACACCAGCAGCAGCAGAGAUAUAGGGUCGCUAGGCGCGACAGAGUACCGUCGUGGCUGUGUGUAUUGUUUUUGCGACGGGAAUAUGCGGAAAAGUGAUGGUCCAAGCGAUGGUCUGCGCAGUAACACGGCCGCGGGACGGACGGAACCAGAUAGCACUGCUGAAGACAGUGGCUCCGGGCCCUCUCACAAGCCGUCGGGACCCGCGACUCAACGGCUGGAACGGUAGUGAGGCAAGAGCGUGAGGUCACCGACGCUGGACCACACCGUAACCCGCCCCAGGUACCAGCGACUGGUGAGGUGACACUUUGAGCGGCCUUCCCGAGUCAUGACGUGAGUGAGUGAGACCAUGGGACAAGCCUGAAAGAGACAGGGGAACGUCCUCUGAGUGACGUGCAAAUGUGGGCAAAAAAUGUACAGGACCAGUGUGUGGAAGUGCAACUUUUGAUGACUUUGAAGCCUUGUGAAUGAUAACAUAAAGUAGUUCACGUAUGUUUCCAACGCGUCUACUCCUGGCUUGAUCAUAAGCAUUUGUAUCCUCUCGAAAAGAAAGAAGACAGCUGUAGUCAUCGUCCAUCGAGAACGCUAAGCAUUCCUUUGAACAUGACAUUGAACCACCGGACGAUAUUUUAGCGUACUAACCACUGUGUAUGAAGAGCAUGCUAGCUCCUUUUACGACGAAUGCUCAACCCAUGCUGAGACCAACAUAGUUCUUUAGCAAUGAACGCGAGCAAAGACCACGAAUCCGUCCAAUCAGUACGUGAACGUACGAUGUUGUGAAACUCCGUCCGUUCGUUUUACACCAGAUGUAUGUAUACCUGCAUGUGAAUAAUUGGUAAAGCAUGACGAAUAAAUGCACAUAUUUUGUCAA